CCCAUAACAAUACUUCUGAAUGCCACUAAAUUGGCAUUCAGAAGUAAAAACUCUAGUGGGAAGAAAGCUGUAGUUCCAUCACGGAGAUUCAGGAACGGAAAGAAAUGGAAUGGGAGUUUCUUGGGAAAUGUUCCAGAAAAUGCAAAAACUGGCAAAGAACAGAAUUUUCCCAGAAGCGGUUACGCUAUGUUUACAGUCGAACCUCCACUAAUGGCCACCUCUGUCAACCAAUAAUUCAAAUUACUUCCCACUGGAUUGAUUUUCGUCACGCACAUGCUUGACUCGGCCCGGAGCUGGAGAGGUCAUGUUUUUCACAUGGUUUUCACAGGGAUUUCACCCGGAUUUCACAUGCAUUUCACAGGGUUGCUCUCAGUAGUGUCAAACGUGAAAUGAUUUCUGGAAGUUUCUGGAAUGCGCUGACAGACGGAAGUAAUAGUAAGCCGAUAAUUCUGGAUACGCAGGGAUUAAACGACAUUUCGUUUAAUGGUAUUUGCAAUUCGCGGCUGUUAAAUUCUGUAACUCCAUCGAAAAUGGUUUGUACAGCCAGCUGUAAGGUAAUAGCUAAUUGGCUCCCUGUCUGAUUAGUUCUGUAACUGUCGAGAACAAGCAACUAGUCUGAGAAGAACCUCGAUUUAUGUUUAGGCUGUACUGCUGCACUUCCGCUUCAAAAUGGUGCUGAAUGAUGACAAAGAGAGACUGUUUAACUACAUUUGCGAUAUUGAAGAACAUGCCUUGCCAAGCGCACAGACCGCACAGACAAAGCUUGAGGUACAGAAUUGGUUGAAAACCCAAGCUGAACGACGCGUUGUCUUGUUCAAAGACCAGGAUGGGAAAACAACUGGAGGUCUAAUUGAUUUACGAAGGAAACUUUGUCCUCAAUACCUUGAUACAGGAUCUUGUCGUCCUACGGGGGAAUACUGUGCAUUAUGGCAUGUUUGCAAACGCUUCAUCGAAGGAAGCUGUAAAGGGGAAUGUGGUCGUUCCCACAGCUUCCGCGACAAAAGUAAUCGAAAGAAUACGACAGAAGCUGGGCUUGAAAACUUUCCAGACCAACUUAUCAGAAAUAUUGUGGCUUAUAGCCUGCCCCAGGUUUGCCUCCUCUAUUCGAAUCCAGCGAAUCAAUGCGAAAUCAAUGCAUGUCCGUAUCUUCACAUCUGUCCAUCGGUGGUUACAAAGACAGCCUGUGAAUGCUCCUUGUCACACAAUCUCUUAGAUCGGCAUAACAAGAAAAUUCUAGAAAGGUACAACCUAAGUGAUAGUCAUUUAUGGUUUGAAUCAGAAAAACUCAUUGCGUUUGUACUGUGUAAUAUAUUGCAUCCAUUUCGACAGAAAGUCUGCAAGAAAGGAAAGAAGCAAAAAUGUAUAUUGCGCUCAAAUCUGACAUCACCGGGUUCCAAGACAACUUCUGAAUUAGUAACCUCAAGAAAAGGCGAGAUUUCAUCCAUACCUCCAGAUUCAGGUUCUCUAGAUCUUCAGGGAAAUAAUUCAACUUCACACGCUUCUACUAGCAGUCUGGAAUUACUCACCUCAAGAGCGUCAUCUGUCAGUCCAAAUCCAACCAGUGCCACGACAAAACAGACAGUUUUGCUUCAAGCGCGUCCUACAGAAAUGAUGUGUUCAAACAGAUCUGGCAAUGCCUCAACUUCUCAAGAUUCCAGGAUUAUUUCAGAACUGCACACAUUAAAACCAGAUUCACGCAACUGUUCGGAGCUAGAGCAAAGGAAAACAAGAAUGAGACACAACAUGAGGAAUCUCAAAGGACAGGUGCCUAGCACGAGGCUUUCAAGCAACGAAAUGAUUAAUUCCGAGCUGAGCAAUCAGACAAAUGGGUUGUCGGCCAGCAACUUAACUUCGCAAGAUUCCAGAAUUGUUCCAGACUUUCACACUUCAAAGGAUGAUGCACUCUUCCGUCCAGAACAAGAAAAAAGGGAAAACAUGCAACAGAAGAUGGCUCUCGGAAGACAUUUUCACAGCAUGAGGUUGUCGUACACAAGUACAACGCGUAGAAAACAAUUCCCAGUGCAAUACAGAUCUCUACGUGGUGUAUCCACCAUCAGGAAGCAUCCGGGAGUUCCCUGUAUCAGCGAAGACGACAGAAUACCGCAUCACUGGUCUUCAGAGGCGUCUGAUACAAACUAUGCUCGUGUCAAGGUAGAGUCAGAUUCCAGUGAAUUUAAAGAGGUGGAGACAUUGUUCAGGAAAACGAUGAAAGAGGACAACAUCAUUGACAGUUUUGAGCGAGUGGAAAAUCUGUUCUUGUGGGAAACAUACUGCAGGAAAAAAGAUCGCAUGGUGGCCUUGGCAAUGCAGAAAAACCCACAGAGAAUGGCCAGUGACUUCCCUUGUGAAAAGCGUUUGUUUCACGGAACUAGUCCCGAUGCAGUGGAUGCCAUCUGCAAACAGAACUUUGACUGGCGUGUGUGCGGAAAAAGUGGCACCAAGUACGGAGAGGGAAGUUACUUUGCAACUAAUGCAUCUUAUAGUCAUUCAUACGCCAAAAGUGGUUCAGAUGGUUUUCGGUUUACGUUCUUGGCCAGAGUUUUGGUUGGAUCUUUCAUCAAAGGGAAACGGGAAUAUCGAAAGCCGCCAAAGAAGGACCCUUCAAAUCCCUCGAGCGAUCUGUACGACUCGUGUGUAGAUAACGAACGUAAUCCUGAAAUCUUUGUUAUCUUUGAUGGUGAUCAGUUCUAUCCAGAAUAUGUUAUCAAAUACUUUACACUGGAUCAAGACCGAAUCCUUUUAACAUCAAUAACAGCGCCAAGAAGUUCCCAAGGCCUCACAGCGAAUCCGAAGAGCCCCAGCACAAGUCUGAGCGCUAAUAGAGCAAUGCCCCACUCAGCUUCAAAUUUGCAGCAGCCAAUAGCAUCGCCGAGAGGUUUUCAAGACCUUAAAGCCAAUACGAAGAGCUCUAUCACAACUCUGAGUACUAAUAGGUCACUGCUCCACUCAGCUUCAAAUUUGCAGCAGCCUGUUAAAGCGUCUACAAGUUCCCAAGGUGGUGCAGCCAAUUUAGCCGGGUCCAGUGAUAGCUUUACAGCAAGUGAUUCUAAUGCUCAGUCUAGGAAAAAGCAAAGAAAUGACUCAAAGUCGAGAAAGUACUCAACCUCGAAUUUGCGUCAACCAAUACCAACGCCGAGAAGUUCUCAAGGCCUCAAAGCGAAUCUGAAGAGCCCCAGCACAAGUCUGAGCACUCAAAGAGCAAUGCCCCACUCAGCUUCAAAUUUGCAGCAGCCAAUAGCAUCGCCAAGAAGUUUUCAAGACCUUAAAGCCAAUACGAAGAGCUCUAUCACAACUCUGAGUACUAAUAGGUCACUGCUCCACUCAGCUUCAAAUUUGCAGCAGCCUGUUAAAGCGUCUACAAGUUCCCAAGGUGGUGCAGCCAAUUUAGCCGGGUCCAGUGAUAGCUUUACAGCAAGUGAUUCUAAUGCUCAGUCUAGAAAAAAGCAAAGAAAUGACUCAAAGUCGAGACAGUGCUCGAUACUAUAACCUCACCUGGGCAUGAAGCAUCAUGGUAUUUGAACUAAGGAGUAAGUCUGGUACAAAAUCGCCCACGGUGAGUUUUGGUUUGGGAAAGCGAUUUACACACAGCUUCAACCAGUUGCUUUAAUCACUUGAGACAAGACGUCCAACUGGAAACACAGACGGUGUCAAAAACGUAAAAAAUUUAUUGAUUUUGGACCAAUUAAAUAUUAAAGAUUAUUAAUCGGUUGUUAAUUCUUUGACCAACACCUCAAGAUACUGUAGCUGCAUCGACAAAUAUGUUGAUUCAUUUUUUUUUACUAUUCUAAUACCAAAUAUCUAACCGCCAACCGUCAACUAGCCUAAAAUUUAAUCGUCAACAGUCAGAAAGCAAUAUUUUCUGCCAUCAACCUGUUGUACAGCUGUUUUUAAGCUAUUUUAAAACUUUUGUGGAUCUGUUGUAAAGCUGUUUUUAAGCUAUUUUGGAAACGUCUUUGAUCUGUUGUAUAGCUCUUUUUAAGCUACUUUGAAACUUCUUUUGAUCUGUUGUAUAUUUGUUUUUAAGCUACUUUGAAACUUGAAAUUUUUUUGAUCCGUUGUAUAGCUGUUUGUAGGCUACUUCGAAACUUUUUUUUUAUCUGUUCUAUAGCUGUUUUUAAGCUUCUUUGAAAACUCAUUUUGAUCUGUUGUAUAGCUGUUUUUAAGCUACUUUGAAAGUUUUUUGAUCUGUUGUAAAGCUGUUUUUAAGCUAUUUUGAAAACUCAUUUUGAUCUGUCGUAUAGCUGUUUUUAAGCUACUUUGAAACUUUUUGGAUCUGUUGCAUAGUUGUUUUUAAGCUACUUUGAAAACUUCUUUUGAGCUGUGUAUAGCUGUUUUGACGCUACGUCUUUUAAACUUUUUUUGAGCUGCUAUAAAGGUAUUUUAAAGCUGCUACCUUGAGCAGUUUUAAAGCUGCUUUUAAGCUACUUUUGAACUGCUUUGGAGCAAAUAAGUCUAUCAAGGAAGGAAUCGUUUGCAGCUGAUGUUGUUCCUUGAGGUAGAAUAGGCCUAGAGAAAGAAUAUGUAUUAAUCUUGCCUGUCCACAUUCGAAGAAGAUUUCGGUCACACGAGAGUAUUAUACAUUGAACGAAAAAAAUGGAAGUCAUGUUUUGCUUCUUCACUGACGGCAAGCAACACAAAG